UAACGGACAAUUUGGGUUUGCCGUCGGCCAAUUACGAAAGAAAAGAAGCAGGGAAGCUCCGGCCGGGGGUAGAGUGAAAUGGCGGGGGGGAUGGUGAUAGUAUUCGACUUCGAUCGGACAAUGAUCGAGGGAGAUAGUGACAACUGGGUUGUAACAGAGAUGGGGCUCACAGAGAUCUUCCAUCAGCUCCGCUUCACUUUACCUUGGAAUCGCCUCAUGGAUAGGAUGAUGACGGAGCUUCACUCGCAAGGGAGAUCGAUUCAGGACAUUGAAGCUUGUUUGAAAAGAAUAAUGCCUAUUGAUUCUCAUAUCGUCGAAGCUAUCAAAUCAGCUAAAUCUUUAGGAUGUGAUUUGAAGAUUGUGAGUGAUGCGAACCAGUUUUUCAUCGAGAAGAUACUAGAGCAGCAUGAUUUGUUGGAUUGCUUCUCAGAUAUCUACACAAACCCAACCUCUGUUGAUGAACAUGGAAAGUUAAGGAUCUUACCCUACCAUGGUGCUGCAUCGACUCCUCCACAUACCUGCAAUCUCUGCCCUCCAAAUCUCUGCAAGGGUUUGGUGAUGGAUCAUAUACGAGCUUCUUCUUCUCCCGACGAUCAGAUUCUAACGAGGUUUAUCUACCUUGGAGAUGGAGGAGGUGACUUCUGUCCAACGUUGAAGCUGAGGGAGUGUGAUUGUGUGAUGCCAAGGAUGAAUUAUCCGCUGUGGAAGCGGAUUUCAGACAAUCCCUCGCUGAUCAAAGCAGAUGUCAAGGAAUGGAGCAAUGCAGAGGAACUACGGAGGAUACUUAUGCAACUUGUCAGCACAAUGACAAAGGAAGAUUCAUAACAAAACUCUACUCUUUUUGAAACAAAGCUGAAAGUGUUUCUGAUUGAUGCAAAAAGGUGAUGAUAGGAACUAUGUGUUUGUCUAUCUUCACUUGAUUGAUUUACACGUUGUCUUGUGUAAUGGUGAUGACUCAUCAAAUAAAGGAUUUUGUUUUUUUUUUCAUUAAAUA